AUGACCAACCGACUAGUCGUCGAUAUCCACACUCAUGUCUACCCACCAUCAUACAUGGCGAUGCUCCGCGCUCGCAAAACAGUCCCCUACGUCCACGACCCUGCCGACGGUGAGCCCCGUCUAAUCAUCCUAUCAUCAGACGACGACCCAGCAACACCCCCAGACCACCGAGGCCGUCCCGUUGACACCUCCUACUCAGACAUAAAUGUCAAGCUCGCCUUCAUGGAAAAACACGGCAUCCACUGCAGCGUAAUCUCCCUCGCGAAUCCAUGGCUAGACUUCGUCCCUAGCACAGAGGCACAGGAAUGGGCAGAGCGAAUCAACAACGAUCUAAACUCCACCUGUGAAGAGGUAAACCGAGCGUCCGAUCCUAAUGGAACCAAAAAAGCGACUGAAAAAAAGACUCUCUUCGCCUUUGGUGCUUUGCCCUUGAGUGCGCCGUCCUCGGUUGUGAACGAGAUCAAAAGAUUAACCACCCUCCCUACCAUCCGUGGUGUUAUCAUGGGUACAUCGGGAUUAGGCAACGGUCUUGAUGAUCCCGCGCUUGAUCCCAUCUGGAAAGCGCUGGAAGAGACUCAGUUACUUCUAUUCUUGCACCCGCACUAUGGUCUCCCCGAUGAAGCGUUCGGGGGUCCGGAGGCGAUUGCCCGCUAUGGACACGUUCUACCGCUUGCACUGGGCUUCCCGGUUGAAACGACUAUUGCUGUGACGCGGAUGCUUCUCAGUGGGGUGUUUGAUCGGUUCCAGAAAUUGCAAGUACUGCUUGCUCAUUCGGGCGGGACGCUUCCGUUCCUUGCAGGUAGGAUUGAGAGCUGUAUUAUGCAUGAGCGGAAGUUUACUGCCAAUGGCGGGGACGAGCCAGGGCCGGAGCGGAGUAUUUGGGAUGUGUUGCAGACUAAUAUCUACCUUGAUGCGGUUAUCUAUGGAUCUGCAGGUCUACAUGCGGCUGCUGUGGCUGGGAGUCAUGAUCGGCUUAUGUUUGGUACUGACCAUCCAUUUUUCCCGCCUUUGAAGGAUCAAGAUGAGAAGUGGCCCAGUGUGACUACGAACUACCAGGCGAUUCGCAGUUGCUUUGGAGAUGAAAAGGCAGAUUCUAUUGGUAUGGUUCUAGGAAGUAACGCGAAUCGUGUUUUGAACUUGGGCCUUGUGUAG